GAGGGUAACCAAACAAAAACCAAAAAUAAAAUAAAAAAGGAAACAAAGGCGCAGGCAACGACGUCGUUGUCUAGUGUGCAACUUGUUCUAUUUCUGCUCCAAAUUCCAACCUCUAACUAUACGCCACGUGUACUUCCUGCGUUUCUUUUGUCUCUCUGCCGUUGGCAGUUGACACCAUUUUGACAGUCUCCACUUCGUAUUGGCCUUUUCGCCUUUGCUGUCAGCUAUACCACAAACUCAAACCAGAAAUUCAAAAGCCUUCCAAAUCAUGGAGAUGCUCCGAUUCUAAGCAUCUCCUCUCCAAUAUAUAUCCUUAAGAUCGAGUUUCAUCAACCUUCAAACCAAAUCAAACACAAGCAAAAUCAACAAAUUUAAGAAAAACCCAACAUAGAACAUAUAUUCGUAAUAUAUUAUACGUCAUAUAUAGAUUUUUCUGGGAUUUGGUUUUGGAAAAAUGGAUCGUUAUGAGAUACUGAAAGAUAUUGGGUCUGGGAACUUUGGUGUUGCAAAGCUGGUUAGGGAAAAAUGGAGUGGUGACCUUUAUGCUGUCAAGUAUAUUGAAAGAGGACCCAAGAUAGAUGAACAUGUGCAGAGGGAGAUUAUGAACCAUAGGUCUUUGAAGCAUCCAAAUAUAAUUAGAUUCAAAGAGGUGCUGUUAACACCAACCCAUCUUGCCAUAGUCAUGGAAUACGCAGCUGGAGGAGAACUCUUUGAAAGGAUAUGCAAUGCUGGUAGAUUUAGUGAGGAUGAGGCAAGGUUUUUCUUUCAGCAACUGAUAUCAGGAGUGAGCUAUUGCCAUGCAAUGGUAUAUAUACUAAUUCUGAAAAUAGUUUUCCAUUUUUUGCCUAUCAUAUCUUAUCUAAAUCGAGAUUUUUCACCCGUUUUUAUACAGCAAAUUUGUCAUAGAGAUCUUAAGCUGGAAAACACGCUGUUAGAUGGGAGCACUGCGCCUAGACUCAAAAUAUGCGACUUUGGCUACUCUAAGUCAAGUGUGUUUCAUUCCCAACCCAAAUCUACUGUAGGAACCCCAGCCUACAUUGCACCAGAGGUCUUGUCUAGGAAACAAUAUGAUGGGAAGAUUGCAGAUGUUUGGUCUUGUGGGGUUACUUUGUAUGUCAUGUUGGUUGGGGCUUAUCCUUUUGAAGAUCCUGAAGAUCCAAAAAAUUUCAGAAAAACAAUUCAGCGGAUUCUGAGUGUCCACUAUUCAAUUCCUGAUUACGUUCGAGUUUCUAAGGAGUGUAAACUUCUGCUGUCGAGGAUUUUCGUAGCGGAUCCCGAAAAGAGAAUAAACAUACCAGAAAUCAAGCAGCAUCCCUGGUUUCUAAAGAACUUGCCAAUAGAGUUCAUGGAAGGAGAAGAUGGGUACAUGGAAAAUGAAGAAGAAUCACAGAGUAUUGAAGAAAUAUUGUGUAUAAUAGAUGAAGCAAGGAAGGGUGGUGAUGGUCCAAAAGUUGGUAGUCAAUUACUUGGUGGAAGCAUGGAUCUUGAUGACGAUGACAUUGAUUGUGAUGCGGACAUCGAUGAUUUAGAAACAAGUGGUGAUUUUGUAUGUGCAUUACGAGUUUGAGUUUGAAAAUUAUGUUCCGAAUCAGAAAAAGGCAGUGUAUUGUAUUUUCAUGGCUUAUGGGAAACUGUUCUUCAGUGGGUGGAUGAUGUUUCAUUAGCAUGAAGGGGAUUAGAUUAAACUAAAUGUUAUGUCUGCUUCUAAAGUUUUAAUUAUUCCCUAAAAUUCUCAAUGAGCAGAAUGUGUUUUGAUAGACCAAA